GAUGACGUGGCAGUUCGUUCCCUCCCCCCGAACGACAAGCUGAAUCGGAUAAGCCCCUCUUCCCCCUAGCGCAGGCGAGGCGAGAGAUCGGAGUCAGCAAUGGAGUCUACCGCGCUAAUCUCACCAUUACCGCUUCUAACCUCUCGCUCCCGUUCCAAACCCCUCUCCCCUGCCUCCACCAGAGCUCGCCGCCCCGCCUCCAUUCCCUUCUCCUACGGCAGCGGCCGCGUCGUCCUAUUUUCCCGCCGCGGCCGCGAGUACGCCGGCGUUGGCUCCUUGGCCUCCGCCGCCGCAGCGACUGGGGAGGCAGCAGAUGGCGGCUCUGAGGCCAUCCUGCUCAGUGUCCAGGGUAUGAUGUGCGACGGGUGCGCGGCGAGCGUGAAGCGGAUUCUGGAGAGCCAACCAGAGGUUACAUCUGCUACCGUUGAUUUUAAGGAAGCAAAUGCAGUUGUGUGGACAACAGCUGAAGCUAGGGCAUCGGAUAAUUGGCAGAAGCAAUGUGGAGAUAAACUUGCUAAACACCUCGGCACUUGUGGAUUUGAGUCUCGGCUGCAAGGUAAUUAGAGUAAGGUGAAGCCAAACAAAGCUGAUACUGAAUAUAAGUGAUGUCAUCCCAUGAGUUCAGCGUCAGAUUUCACAUGAAUGGGCACACGGUUCAAUUUCCACCAUCAUCUGUGUUGCAGACUUGCGGGGAGCCCUGGAGAGUUUUGCAACCCAAAUUCCAGUGUUCCAUCUCAUGGAGCUCGGGCUUAGUGCCAGUGUACUAGUGCUUCCUUUCUCAUGGGCUUUAGCUAGUUUGUUUGGAGAGGCUUUUGCUGAUGCUCUAUGCUAAAAUCUCAGGUCACUGUUGCAAGGCAUGAAGUCUGCAUGACUCCGUUCUUCACUCCACUUUAUUCCUUAUUACCGCACAGAUCAUCUUGUUACCACUAGUACUUUGUCCAUAUUUGUAUGGGUUGAUUGGCUUCCUGUAUUCCAAGGCCUUAUUCAAAAUUUUUAUUUCAAUGUUGUUCCAGUGGGGCCUGUUGGGCCAACAUCAA